UCCUCAUAACAUCACGCGUCUGUGUUGUGGCUGAAAGGCGUUAGUGCUGCUUAGAUGCAAAAAAAGGGGCUAAAUGAACAGCUCUUAGAAAAAUGAUGAAGGAAACACUGAAAAUACGGGCUGUUUGUUGCGGCUAGAAGAAAAUUUCAGAAGAGAGUGAAUUUUUUUCCUGAUCGUACUUUUCGAGCUGACGUUAUAGAUUCUACUUUUACCUUUCGGAGCGUCUGCCGUUACCACAAGGAACGACACCGAGCAUGUUACUGCUGCUAUCGCCAUCUUCACAGGGUCGUGUUUAUUGGUGAUGAACGUUAACUUGGCAAGACUGUUCUGUUUUUUAGAUUGGAUUCGGUGGACCAUGCAUGCAUUGGGGGUUGCUAGAGCCCUGCACUUCGCCACAACCUGCCGUCGAGUCGCUCCACUUUUCUGAGAAUAAAUGGGCUUCAGGAGGACGAGCACUUAACCUAAAUACAAGCAUGAGUGUACAUGGAUUUCUGCGGUUGACGAUUUCAUACUUACUUUUGCUCGGCUCUGCAACCCUUGGCCAAGGUUCAGCUUGCGGAGCUGGGUGCAAUCUUGAAAAUGGGUUUUGUGAUAAGAAUGGCGAGUGCAGGUGCAGACCUGGCUGGCAAGGUGUGACAUGCGAGCAAUGUGUUCCUUUCCCUGGCUGCGUUCAUGGAAAAUGUGAAAAAGCUUGGCAGUGUAUCUGUGAGCAGGGCUGGGUGGGCAGUCAGUGUGACCAAGACAUCCAUCUGUGUUCGGCAGAGCCUUGUUCUGGCAAUUCAACUUGCAUUGAGACAGGAGAAGGAGGAUAUAUCUGCAUCUGUCCUGCUGGUUACACAGGGAAAAACUGCCAGCUGAAGAAAGGACCAUGUCUAACAAAUGGCUCCCCAUGUCAGAAUGGAGGCACCUGUAUGGAUAAUAAUGGAUCUGACAGCCACUCGUCUUGCCUCUGCCCGUCUGGAUUCACUGGAGAUUUCUGUGAAAUUGAUGUUGAUAAGUGUGAGCCCAACCCAUGUCUAAAUGGGGGCACUUGCACAGAUCAUGGUCUGGCUUACACAUGCCUUUGCCCCCCUGCUUUCUCUGGUCCCAUCUGCAACACCAACCUGGCUUCAUGCUCUGAGGCCACCUGUGGAAAAGGAGGCACUUGUUUAAAUGGAACUGAUGGUGGAACCUACUGCAUUUGCCCACCAGGCCUAACAGGGCCUUCAUGUGACCUCCACACUCACAAAUUGAAACCAAAAGCCAGGCCUAAGCCCCCAGGCCUAGGCCAUCCUCCCCUGCACUACAGCCUCCCAGCCCAUGCCUUCCAUAAGCUUCUGAGGCCCCCUGAGCGUGAGCUACUUAAGAUCACCUUGAAAGAGACUAUGCACACCUCCAGCCCCCUGGUCACCCACAGCCAGGUCAUCUGCUUUACUGUACUGGGUCUGCUCACUUGCCUGGUGAUCCUAGGAACCACCGGCAUCAUCUUCUUCAAUCGCUGUGAGACGUGGCUGGUGAACGCAAAGUAUAGCCAGCUAGUGCGGCAGCAGAGGGACUUCCUUUUGAAGGCUACAAAUGGCGAGGAACACUCCGUAAACAUCAUCCUGCCAGAGAAAAUCAAACUGACCAAUUAUGGGAAGCAUUACACAUCUAUAUAAGGCAGGGCCAAAAAAUAGUUGUCCUUGGAAUUUUGUGUGCAAAGGAUUUUGUUAUAUGAGGGCUUAAAUAAAUUGUAGGUGAAAUGGGGAGAGAAUGGAAACAUUUGUCACGAACACUAGAGUUACAUGUCACCCCGUGGAAAAUAAAAGGAACAACAUGAAAAAAGAGAAAGUCCUUAAAACAGAUUAAGCAAAAGAUUUACAUUUUAAACAAAACAUUUAAAAUGCUUUAGUUUGAGUUUGUUACUAGAUUUGUUUAAAUAUAUAACAUAGGUAGAUCAAAUAAUAUGUGCUUCAAACUAUAAUGCAAAAACAAAAAAAAGUAAUCCAUAUUGGUACAAGUAGACUUUGACAAAAACAUCUCAGUGUAGCAGGAGCCACAAUAGUGGAUAGCUUUAUUAUUGUCAUAAAAAGUAUAGUGUAAUAAUGAAUAAGAGAACAUGAGAGCUAAAAGCUAAGCUUUUACGAGAUGUACUACCUACUUCUUUGGGGCUUUAAAUAGGAAAUUUUUAGAGUGCCAACCAGAGUAGCAGUCCUAGGAAGUCUCAGAAUGAAAGCCUUGUGAUAAUCAGUUCUGUCCAUUUAUAACAGCUCAUUUGGGUCCGCAAUUUACAGCAUCUCCUUGAUGUGAAUAUUAUCCACUAACAUCCAGGACAAGGCUGUGUUGUUAAAUGCUUCCUCCACACUAACCACGUAAGUGGGUGUAGGCAAGUGAGGGCUGUCUAGGGAAAGCCAGAAAGAGUGGCUUAAAUAAGUGGAACAGGAAUAGGCAAAGCCAAAAAAGGUGGUUUUGGUCAGGAUUUGAAUGUUGGCACUGGUUUCAUAAUAUACUUUGACAGGCUAUUAGCUUUGGAAUAUGUACGAAACCACAUCUCAGGAACAUAAUGGAAACAAAAGAGGAAAAGGUUGGUUUUAUAGGAGGUAAAUGUGUGCACAAAUCUUGACUGGUAAAUAAUUGUGUUUCAGAUCCUAUGUUUUACAGGUAGUAAUGGACAGAGGUCUUUUCCACAGUAUUUUAACAACUAGAAGCAUAUGUAACAAUGUGAUAAACAAGUGAUGCAGUCAUCUUUCAAAGGCAAAAGUGAUAUUUUACAGUAGUGUAAAUAGUCCAUUGGUCUAUUAAAAAGGGAAUUAAAAAUCAACAUUUUUGCAGUUGACUUGAUAGAUUGUUUUCACUCAGUCCCCUACUUCCAGUGUAUUUUACAAGCUGUUAAUUAAAACAUUUACAGUAAAUACAUCUGAACUACAUGACAAACAUGUACAAAAAAAUACAACCCACAAUAGCUAUUGAAAUGUUCAUCUAAAAUGGUCAAUUCUUAUACUGUGAAUUUAGAAAGUAAGUAUAAUGACCAACAGGCAAGGGCAUGCUUUAUUAUUUUACAUUAUUUUAUUUUAACAUUAUUUUAAACUAACAUCUGAAACACUUCCAAUUCUUUAAAACCAUUCUCUCUUCCUUGGUUUAACUGUAUAUUGAACAUUUUUCAGAUCUCACAUGAGCCACAUGAUGCUUGGGGUUUUUUUGAUUGUUUUUCCGUAUAUAAUUCUACAAAUCAAUAUAGAUGUGGUUUUGUGAAUUGUUAGGCUAAUCUUUUGAUUUAAAAAAAAGAAGUUAUGAAAAAAACAUUAUUUAAUGAUUAAUCUUUCCCCCACCCUGUAAAGUUGGAUCUGUGGGUAAGCAAUAUAACAUGGGAUUUUUGUUAAAGUGGAACUGGACUGAAUCAAUGUAUUCAUCUCAAGGUUACCUUUAACUGACCAAUAAAUCGAGCUUCAUAGUA